AUGGCUAAACCAGUCGAUCCAAAUAAAGAAGAAAAAUAUGCAACAUCUAUAUUAAAUCGUAAAGAACUUCCAAAUCGUUUAAUUAUUGAUAAUGCUAUUAAUGGUGAUAAUAGUGUUGUUACAUUAUCACAACAAAAAAUGAAUGAUUUACAAUUAAUUAGUGGUAAUGCGGUGAUGCUUCAAAGUAAAUGUCGAGAAACAAUUUGCAUCGUUCAUGCUGAUAAUACCUGUCCAAAUGAUCGUAUUCGAAUGAAUCGUGUU